AUGACGGCGGACCUGGAGCAGUUGAAGUGUGGGCGGAGCCAGACUCUCUUCUGCUCAACGGCACGAUGCUCCGCCUACCCCUGCAGCUGUCCCUCCUUCACAACAGGAAGUGUCCAGACGUUGUCUCCAUGUUUCUCUCCAGCCUUGGAGAAGCUCCCGGCCCCGCCCCGCUCUGGCCCAGUGGAGGUGGUUCUGCCUGGGCUGGUGUUCGACCUGGGGGCUCUGGUUCUGUACGGGGCUCAGGCCGUACCUGUCCGACUGAAAAUCCUACUUGACCGGCUCUUCAGCGUCUUGACUCCUGAUCAGGUGUCCCACAUCCUGCACUCUCUGGGCUGGAGUCUGGAGGAUUAUGUGAGGGGCUACAUGCUGCAGGGUCCUGGUGGGAUCGUGCUGGACCGUUGGGUCAUGGUGACUCCUGAAGAAGAGCUGCUUCUCUUCAAACAGUUCCUUCGCUUUGGCGAGACGCGGCCCAUCGUUGAGCUGAUGACGCCUCAUGGUCUGGACCCCACCGAUCAACCCUUUGGUCCAGAAGUCAUGUCUGCUCCAAAGAGCUGCCAGCAGGACCUGAGCGGACACGAGGCAGCGCUGGCCAGGCUCAAGAGCACUCAGGAGCCCUCAGGCCUGCUGGAGGACAACAACAGCACCAACUAUUUUGAAAAUGUCCCAGGAGGACUGUCUUCACUCCUGCCUUUCCACUCCCCACGGUCAGACCUCCUCAAUUCAGGACCUUCCAUCCAGGAGGGGAACUCGCUCAGGAACCUCACGAAGGUCGUUCCAGAGCCCUUCACAACAAAACCCACUGAAAAGCACAAGCAGAGAACUGCCAGACUCAAGGUCGAUCCUGACCUGAUGUUGCAUCAAACCAAAGACCGAUCACCUUCAAGAAUCAAAACAGAUCCCGAUGAUCUGAGACAACCCCAACCGCUCUGGUAUCCUGACCCAACGUUUAACAAAGACCAUGAACGCCACCUUCAGAGGGGAGUGCGCCCAAUCCCAGUUCUUCAAUUCCAGCUGGUUUCCAGUGUCAUCCAUGCCUCAUGUACUGCUGGCCAUCUGGAUCAGUGUUUUCCAUCCAUAGGAGGCAAAAUAAUCAAGACAUGUGGAAUUAGAGGCACCUGUAUCAUUCCAGUUCACCAUCAUUUCUCUUCUGUCUGCGCAGGAACCCUGAAAAUCCACUACAACGCCGUCCACCUAAAGAUUAAACACCGCUGCACGGUAGCAGGUUGCACCAUGGUCUUCAGCUCGCUGCGGAGCCGAAACCGGCACAGCUCCAACCCCAACCCACGGCUGCACACCAGCACCCACAGAGACGCACCCAGUGACCCUCACCACAGCAAAGACAGGAUGAAGAACUUCCAGGAACAAUGUCUGCUCAGAGAAAAAGACUUCAGGAAACACUCUCUGUUCUGUGGUUUUGAUGCACCAACCCUUAAAAAAGCUCAAACCAGGAACAGGUUUGAGGCUGACACCCACAGGGACCCUCCACCCAACGUCACUCUACCUCCAACUUUAUCACAAGACACCAACCGUGUCUUCAUCCUGAAUCGACCACGGACCCCUCCCCCCUCUCCUCCUCUGGACCCCCCUCCUUCCUGCGUCUCCUCGGGUUGCAGUGGUCACUUGGUGUCAGAAUUCACCUGCAGUGGGACCAGCCCACCGUGGGGCAAACGGUCAGCCGGAUCUCUGCCAAAGAAGAAGCCCAGGAAGUCCAGCAUGCCGGUGAAGAUAGAAAGAGAGACGACAGAGAGGAGGAGAGUCCAGGAUGAAGAGGAGAGCUGAAGGACUUCAACGUUGAACCAAUCUGACAAUCUGAACUGACUUGAGAGUCAAGACACCAAGAAAAGAACUUUAAUAAAACAUGAAACCCGUGAAAAGUGUAAAAAGUCAAAAGGUUAUUUUU